AUGGCUCUGAUGGGGGGAUUUGUGUUCCCCGAGGAGGCGCGUGCCCUCUACAACUGCUUUACCUGCCCGCUGAACACCAACAAGGGGGGCGGCGACGACGAAGUGGUGGGGGAGAUCGCGUCGCUGAUCGGAGCUCUCUUCGACGCGGAGGCAUCGACGACGAUGAUGCGAAGGGCGGAGAUUGCUCAUCGGCACGCAGACUAUGACACGCUGAAGGCCACAGUUUUGAAGCAGGAUGCCAGAUUGAACACUGUCGAGUGGAAAUCCGCGAAAACAGCUUCGCUUCUGCAUAGUGGGAUGGAGAGUGGCGUGGUCAGGACAAGCCAAGAGAAGUCGGAGGCCAUCGUCCCAGGCCGCUGCCACGGCAUCCUCUACGGCUACAAGCCGACUCUCUGUUGGACGGUAUUGAUUCUAGCGGUCAGCGUUGGGCUCAACGUGCACUAUUCCUACCAGGGCUCUUUGGGCUUCGGACAGCUCGAUGGAAGGACGGCAGUGGAGGCGUCACCGAUUUUGCCUGGGCCUGGGAGCCUUCUCGCGUACCGCGCGGUCGCACUGCUGCUGACCUGUGUGCCCUUGGCUGGCGCCGUGGCUUUCUAUCGACAGAAGCGGAAGGAGGAAGGCGAGGAGCUGUUCAUGGGAGGCUUCGAAGUGCUUCUGAUCUUCUGCACGCUCUGGACCUGGUGCUGGAAGGCAAUGUACUUCUUCCUCGCCACCGGUCUCAGCAUCAUGUACGUGGCCUUCGGUUGGGUCCCCCCGGCGUGCGUCGCGGGUGGCCUGUGGAUUAUCUUCGACAUCGCCUUUGGCACGGCAUGGCUAGUCUUCUGGGCGGUCUGGCUGUUCCUGCUGCCCUUCGCGUGGUAUGCGGGGCACCAGUGGGUGGUGGAUGAGCUGCUGACGCCGCUUCCGUUCUAUUUUCACAACGCCAACGUGCUGCUGAUGCUCACAGAGCUGGUUUUCUCACGCUGGACAGUGAAUCUUGAGCAUUGCGUCUUCCCUGUGUACUUUUGCUUGGCCUAUCUCUACUGGAACUGGUGGCUCUACUCGAAGAUUGGGGUGUGGAUCUAUUUCUUCCUCGACUAUGACAGGCCCUCGUCUGUGCCAGUGUGCCUUACGCUCGUCGCCAUCACGGUCGCCUCCUUCGAAUUCGGGGCCUGGCUCGCCAACCUCUUGAAGUGA